UGGUUUCGAGUUUGGGUUGUGCAAACAUGGCGACGAGCUCUCAUCUUCUUCCUCAGGCAUUGCAUAUGAUGCCGAGAAUCCCUACUUUCUCGUCAAAGAAUUUAGGGGUUUCUUCAAUUCUGCCACGAGCAUCAUCAAUCAACUCAAGAUUAUCAGUUUCUAAGAAUCAUUCUAGCUCCAAUUUUGGUUUCGCCAUCGAUUCCAAGAAGAGAAGAGAGUUUAUCGCUAAAGCUGAAGAGAGUACUGAAGGUGAAACUGAGGCAGUUGUGGAGAAUGUUGUUGAAACUGAAGGAGAAGGAGAAGGAGAAGCCAAUGUGGCGGAGGAGGAAGCUAAACCUCCGAGGAAGACGAGAGUCAAGCUCGGAGAUAUCAUGGGGCUACUGAACAAGAAAGCUGUUGAGGUUGCAGAGAAAGUAAGACCGGUUCCUGGACUUAGGACAGGGGAUAUUGUAGAAAUCAAGCUGGAAGUUCCUGAGAACAAACGUAGGCUAUCUAUCUACAAAGGUAUUGUGAUGUCUAGACAAAAUGCAGGCAUCCACACUACUAUUCGUAUCCGGAGGAUUAUUGCAGGCAUUGGUGUUGAAAUCGUCUUUCCUAUAUACUCUCCCAACAUCAAGGAGAUAAAAGUGAUGACUGGCGUUGGCGAGAAUCAGCUUAUCUCCAUUCAACCUGAUGAGCUCAAAUUUCUCUUUGAACUCGAGAAACAAAGCUACUGUGAUCUUAAAGUUGCCAAUAAAACAGAGCACUAUGUUGCUUUCAAGGUGAAAACAACAUCUCCAAAGAAGUAUUUUGUAAGACCUAACACUGGUGUCAUUCAGCCAUGGGACUCUUGCAUCAUUAGAGUUACUCUACAAGCGCAACGGGAGUAUCCUCCAGAUAUGCAGUGCAAAGACAAAUUUCUUCUGCAAAGUACCAUUGUACCUCCACACACUGAUGUGGAUGAACUUCCACAAGACACUUUCACCAAGGACAGUGGAAAGACAUUAACAGAAUGUAAGCUCAAAGUCUCUUAUAUUUCCCCGUCUACAACCCAAAGAUCCUCUGAAUCCGGAGCAACAAAUGGUGAUGGACAAAGCUCGGAAACCAUCUCUACUAUACAGCGGCUGAAGGAAGAGCGAGAUGCAGCCGUUAAGCAAACACAACAGCUGCAACAUGAAUUGGAAACGGUGAGGAGGCGGAGAAACCAGAGGAACAGCGGAAAUGGGCUAUCCUUGAAGUUGGCAGCUAUGGUUGGACUCAUCGGACUCAUCAUCGGUUUCAUCCUAAAACUCACCUUAGCUUCUCCCACAUAACAACUCUUGAGCUUCUCCGCAUCGCCUACCAUCUCAGUAUAUGUAACUGCGGAAUCAAAACAGAUUCAUAUA